AUGGCUGCUUUGAUUUCCAAAAGGCUACUACGUUCUUAUGGCUCAUUGCAUUCACUACGACGCUGUUUUGAUUCACCUAAUGCAGAGUUCGAUUCUUUACAUAAACCAAAUGAUAUAUGCAGCAGUUUAUGUGGAGAGAGGGUGAUUUCUGCACAACGUCUCUUGACCGGAUCAAUGAUGCAAAGGUUUUGUACCGCUAGUUUCACUCCUGGACACGACGAAGAUGCAUUUCCAUCCGACUUAUUGUCCAAAAAGCCUCUUGCAAAAUCUGAGCGCGAUGUAGGGAUUUGUCAAGAUCUUUUAAUUCCAGUUACCAACUUUCAUAAUGAAGACAAGGGCUAUAUGGUUUUAGCUGGAGAUGUUUUUGAUUUGCCUAUUCGGAAAGAUAUUGUUCAUCGUGUUGUUUUGUGGCAGCGUGCAAAAAGUCAACAGGGAACUCACUCAACAAAAACUAUCAGUGAGGUCAGUGGGACUGGGAGAAAGCCUUGGAACCAAAAGGGGACUGGUCGAGCAAGGCACGGGUCAUUGCGCGGGCCUCAGUUCAGGGGUGGUGCCAUAAUGCAUGGUCCUAAGCCCCGAAGUCAUGCUUUCAAACUCAAUAAGAAGGUUCGGCGACUGGGGCUAAAGAUUGCUCUGUCAAAUCGUGCAGCAGAAGGAAAGCUUAUUGUGCUUGAGGAUUUGGAGGUUCCCACACAUAAAACCAAGAACUUUUUGAAUUAUUUCAAUCAACUGGAGGACACCAAGAAACUUCUGAUAGUAGAUGGUGGCCCCAUAAAUGAAAAGCUAAAGUUAGCUACACAAAAUCUGCAUUAUGUUAACUUACUUCCAUCCAUUGGCUUAAAUGUCUACAGUAUUUUGUUGCACGAUACUUUGGUGAUGUCGAAAGAUGCUGUGAACAGAAUUGUCGAGCGAAUGCACACUCCAAUCUCCACUAAAUCCAAACCCCAAUAA